UGUACACAAUGUGCAGCAUGAUUUGGAUAUAUACUGGGUUGCUGUUAUUUGGAUAUUGUUCCGCAGAACUUAUAAAUUCUGAAACUGAAGGAACACAGUUUAUACAGAGCUUUAAUACAGAGGCUGCUAAAUUAAAAGGCGAGGAAAUGUUCGCAAAAUGGAACUACCAGACAAAUGUUUCACCCAUGAACAGCCGUCAUGAGAUAGCUACAUCCAGGAAAUACAGAUCAUACAGAAAAAAUAAAACUGAGGAAGCAACAGAAUAUAACUGGCAAGGUUUCACGGAUGCUGCCAUUCAACGACAGUUCAAAAAAUUGGUCAGUUUAACAAAACACAAUGUUGACGACACGGAAGAGGAGUUGGUGAAGACUAUAGCAUCGAUGUUAGGAAUGUACCAUGGAGCAACCAUUUGUCCAGAUGGAGGGUCCAACAACUGCCUAACGUUUGAAGGCGAGUUUAAUGAAUAUGUGGCGCCCCCAACAGACGAAAAGGGAUUAUUGGCAGUAUGGAAAGAAUGGAGGGACGCCAUUGGAGCGGCACUGCGACCUCGGUUUGCCGAGUAUGUUAAGCUUGUGAACAUGUUCGCCAAUCUUACAGGUUACAAAGAUUACUCAGCGUUUAUUAACCACAAGUUCGAGUCUUCAACGUUUGAAGCUGACAUGCAGAGAAUACUAUCAGUGGAAUUACGACCACUGUACGAACAACUGCACUCCUUCGUUCGCAGGAAACUUAUUGCUCGUUAUGGUGGAAAGUCCUUCCCGAGCACAGGCCAGAUCCCUGCCCAUCUAGUUGAUCGUCUAUGGGGAGACAACUGGGUUAACCUGUAUGACAUUGUCAAACCAUAUCCCAAGGUCGACGGCCUGGACGUAACAAAAAAACUACUGGAAAAAGGUAACACCGUACAUGAUUUAGUCAACAUGGCGCAGGACUUUUAUACAUCUCUUGGUUUUGAACCAAUGACGCAAGAUUUUCGGGACAAUUCUAUUUUUACCAGACCAAAUGUCCAAUCUGUCAGUGAAUUCAACUGUCAACCAAAGGCCUUUGAUUUCUCAAACGGGAAUGAUUACCGAAUAAAGAUGUGUGCUAAAGUGACAGAAAAGGACGCGCUCACCAUACAUUCUCAAAUGGGUCAUACUGUAUAUCAAAUGAGCUACAGGCAGCAGCCUUAUCUGUUUAGGGAGGGAGCGAACAAAGGAUUUACAGAAGCAAUGAAAGGCUUAUCAAAACUGUCAUUUCUAACACAAGAGCAUUUUAAGGAAAUAGGACUUACUUCUGUUGUUACCAGUGAUAACAAGCGCGAUAUAAACAAUUUAAUGAAGUUGGCCUUAGAAACCGUUGCAUCCCUUCCUUUCGACUACAUCACAGAUAGGUGGCGAUGGGACGUGUUCCGAGGCAAAAUCACUGGUAAAAGUUACAGCCGCGAUUGGUGGAAAAUGAGGUGUAUGUAUCAGGGCGUUUCGCCACCUGUCGAGAGAACAGAAUGGGAUUUUGACCCUGGUUCUGUGUACCAACUUUCUGCAAACGGGCUUUUGAUAGAGAAGUUCGUCAGUACUAUUUUGAUGUUUCAAUGGCAAAAAGCGUUAUGUAACAUGGGACCACAAAGCCAGCAGCAACUAUACAGAUGUGACAUUUACAGGAACACGGCAGCUGGAAAUAAACUAAAGGAGAUGUUAGCACUCGGGUCAUCUCGGCAAUGGCAAGAAGCCUUGAACUUGCUGACGAGGUCACGAACAAUGAGUGCGAUGCCGUUACGUGAAUACUUCAAACCAUUGAACGACUGGCUGACCAUUAAAAACAGAGGUCACAGAGUAGGCUGGGACGACGUCUGUCCCGAUCAAUCAGCAUCGCCAGCAUCCCAGAUUACACUGUCAUCAACAUGUAUCAUUAUGAUAAUGGAGAUGAUAUGGGUGUUUUUGUUGUGACCUUGUCUGGUGUUCCGUUCCUCUUUCCUCUUUUUACUAUAAUCAAGGAUAGUUGCUUACCUCUGUGUUUUGUUAUACUCUGCAUUUUUUCUGUAGUAGAGCCCAUAGCUUCCUAUUACUAGAGCUACCAUUUUCAAAACGCUACAACUGUUUUCUGUCUCUAAAUCAUUUUCUAUAGAGGACAUUAAAUUUAAUUUCACCUUUAGGAAAAUUUCAAAUGUCCGUGUACUUACAUCAUCAAUAUUUUUAAUUAUUGAUAUAAUAAUAGAAUGAAAACAUAAUGUAUAUUUGAUGAAAUUUAUCAUAUGUAUUUUAAAGAAAAUUUUGUGCGCUCACUAUUUAUAAAUCAUGAAGCAAUGAAAUAUUUUUUAUUUAGUAGCUAAUAUUGUAAUGGCAAAGUUAUUACAAUUU